CUCCACCACCUACGCAAAACGCGGUAUAAUAAUAAUAAGCUUCACUUAGCUGAUUUCACCCUUCACCUGCGGUUACACAAUGCGCCAAUAACAGUGCAGCAAUACUGCUUUGUGAAGAAGAAGAAGAAGAAGAAGACGACGACGCCGUCUUCACGUGAUUCGUCAACCCACAAGCAAAACCCAGUUAUCCAAAUCAGCUCAAUCAUCUAAACAAUAAAGAAAAGACAACCGAUGGCGUGUCGUGCCCUCCUCUCCUCGUCAUAGCUAUCUUCCGUCACUCCUCUGUUUCCUCCCGAUUCCCUACUUCUUCAAAUAAAACCGUCUGCUUCUGCUGCUGAAAUUUAACCCCGCCAGAAUAUUCCCAUUUAUUAGAACUACCAUUGCUUAGCAUUUGAUAUUCUCCGAAUAAAACUACUACUAGCAUUUGUUUCUUUAAACAAAAAAGAAAGAAAGAAAGAAAACAGGACGAAGCAGCUAAAAUUGCAGAGAAAAUGAGAGGAACAAUGGUGUUGUUCCUGUUCAUGAUUGUCUUUCUUUCCGCCGUUACGACGUCGUUCGCCGCCACUGUUACGUACGAUCACCGCGCCUUAGUGAUCGACGGCAAACGGAAAGUUUUGAUUUCCGGUGCCAUUCAUUAUCCUCGCAGCACUCCACAAAUGUGGCCGGACCUGAUUCAGAAGUCGAAAGAUGGAGGUUUGGAUGCCAUCGAAACAUACGUCUUUUGGAAUUUGCACGAACCGGUUCGAGGCCAGUAUGACUUCGAAGGAAGGAAAGAUUUGGUUAGCUUUAUUAAAUUGGUGAAGCAAGCUGGUCUCUACGUUGUUCUGAGAAUUGGUCCUUAUGUCUGUGCUGAGUGGAAUUACGGAGGAUUUCCACUUUGGUUGCAUUUUAUACCUGGGAUUGAGUUCAGAACCGAUAAUGAGCCAUUUAAGGUGGAAAUGCAGCGAUUUACAACCAAGAUUGUGGACUUGAUGAAACAAGAAUCUCUAUUUGCUUCCGAAGGCGGUCCAAUAAUCUUCUCUCAGAUUGAGAAUGAAUAUGGCAAUGGAGAUAUUGAACCAUACUAUGGGAACCGUGCCAAACCUUAUGUUGAUUGGGCUGCAGGAAUGGCAACAUCUCUGAAUACGGGGGUACCCUGGAACAUGUGCCAACAGAAGGAUGCUCCUGAUCCGAUUAUUAACACGUGCAAUGGAUUCUACUGUGACCAAUUUACUCCAAAUUCUGACAAAAAACCAAAAAUGUGGACCGAGAAUUGGACUGGAUGGUUCCUUUCAUUUGGAGGGGCUGUGCCCACCAGACCUGUAGAGGAUGUUGCUUUUGCUGUGGCAAGAUUUUUCCAGCGAGGUGGAACCUUCCAGAACUAUUAUAUGUAUCAUGGUGGAACUAACUUUGGCCGGACCAGUGGUGGACCAUUUAUUGCAACAAGCUAUGAUUAUGAUGCUCCAAUAGAUGAAUAUGGUCUCAUAAGACAGCCAAAAUGGGGGCACUUGAAAGAUUUACAUAAGGCCAUAAAGCUUUGUGAAGAGGCAAUGAUAGCAACUGAUCCAACUAUUACUUCUCUUGGCCCAAAUUUAGAGGCCGGUGUUUACAGAACAGGAUCAGGGCUAUGUUCUGCUUUUCUUGCCAAUGUGGGUACCCAAUCUGAUGCUACUGUCAACUUCAAUGGAAAUUCCUAUAAAUUGCCUGCAUGGUCUGUGAGCAUCUUACCAGACUGCAAGAAUGUGGUUUUCAACACUGCAAAGAUUAAUUCUAUGAGGACGCUUUCAAGAUUUAUUAGUCAGUCUUCAGAAGAUGUGGCAUCUUUCUCAGGUUGGAGUUGGGUUAAUGAACCUGUGGGUAUCUCAAGUCAGAAUGCAUUCAUGAAGCUUGGUUUAGCAGAGCAAAUAAAUACCACUGGUGAUAAAAGUGACUAUCUCUGGUAUUCUGCAAGUAUCGAGAUUAAAGGAAAUGAGCCUUUCUUUCAAGAUGGGUCCCAGACAGUUUUACAUGUUCAAUCACUCGGGCAUGCUCUUUACGCUUUUAUCAACAAAAAGCUUGCAGGAAGUGUGAAAGGCAGCAGUGGCAAUGCUAAAGUUGCACUGGAAGUCCCCAUCUCCCUCGUAACAGGAAAAAACACAAUUGAUCUCUUGAGUUUGACAGUGGGACUUCAGAACUAUGGGGCAUUCUUUGAUCUAAAAGGAGCUGGGGUUACUGGCCCAGUGCAGUUAAAAGGUUUAACAAAUGGCUCUACCACUGAUCUCUCCUCACAGCAGUGGACUUAUCAGAUUGGUUUGAAAGGGGAAGAGAUAGGGUUAUCAAACGGAGGCUCUUCACUGUGGGUAUCACAGCCUGCUUUGCCUAAGAACCAGCCAUUGAUAUGGUAUAAGACAAACUUUGAUGCUGCUGGGGGCAAUGAGCCUCUUGCUUUGGACCUCUCCAGCUUGGGAAAGGGUGAGGCAUGGGUGAAUGGACAAAGCAUUGGCCGUUAUUGGCCAACCAAUAAUGCUCCAAAUGGAGGUUGUGUAAGCUCUUGCAACUAUAGAGGAUCUUUUAAUUCUAACAAAUGUCUCAAGGAUUGUGGAAAACCAUCCCAGCUUCUCUACCAUGUACCUCGAGAUUGGCUAAAACCGAGUGGAAACGUUCUGGUGCUGUUUGAGGAAAUGGGAGGGGAUCCAACACAGAUAUCUUUUGCAACGAGACAGAUAGGAAGUCUAUGCUCACGAGUUUCAGAGUCUCAUCCAGUUCCAAUAGACAUAUGGACUUCAGACCAAGAGGCAGCCAAAAAAGCAGGACCAACAAUGUUGCUGGAGUGCCCUUCUGCUAAUCAGGUCAUUUCUUCAAUCAAGUUUGCUAGUUUUGGAACUCCAGGGGGAACGUGUGGUAGUUUUAGCCAUGGUAAAUGCAGCAGCAAGAAUGCUAUAUCCAUCAUACAGAAGGCUUGCGUUGGGUCAAGAAAAUGCAACAUUGGUGUCUCAAUUGCUACAUUUGGUGACCCUUGUCUAGGCAUUACAAAGACUUUAGCUGUAGAAGCUUCUUGUACAUGAUAGGGUCCUGCACCUAACAGCAUUGGCUAUUUGGGACAAAAGCAAAAGCAUUGUCCCUGCGUUAGCGGGAUAACUCGUAUACGGUCAGCAAAUAAAGCGAAUCUCUAGCAUAAAGUAGCUUAAGAAAAAGGGCCUUGCAAUUCCGUAUUGCAA